CUGCUGCUCAACACAAACGACGUCCUCAAGACCCAGUACGACGAUACUCUGGUAGGACGUUGCAAAAUGGCACUCAAGGAAUAUCAAGUCGUCGGCCGUCACCUCCCCACCGAUGCCCAACCCGCACCCAAGCUCUACCGCAUGCGCAUCUUCGCCAUCAACGAGGUCGUCGCCAAAUCGCGUUUCUGGUACUUCCUCCGUAAGCUCAAAAAAGUUAAAAAAGCCAAUGGAGAGAUCGUUGGCGUAAACAUCAUCCAUGAACGUCGUCCCCUCCGCGUGAAGAAUUUCGGAAUUUGGAUCCGUUACGACUCGAGGAGUGGAACGCAUAAUAUGUAUAAGGAGUUCCGUGCGCUUUCGCGUGCUGAAGCGGUGCAUAGUUUGUAUCAGGAUAUGGCUGCACGUCACCGUGCGCGUUUCCGGUCCAUUCACAUUCUUCGUGUGGUCGAGCUCAAGAAGGCGGAGGACGUCCGUCGCCCGUACAUCAAGCAACUUUUGGAGAAGAACCUCCACUUCCCGCUCCCCCACCGUGUCACCAAGUCGAAAGCUACGUUCGUUGCUCACAGGCCAAGCACUUUCUGAGCUGCUUUAUUUGACGGUGGUUGGUGGUGUUUUGAGAAGGAUAAGACGAACUGGCGCGGGUAGAGCCAAAAAGUCAUACGUUCGCAUGCCUUGUAUCAUCCGUCCUUUCAUGCUAUCACAUAUGCAUAUAUGGCUAUGCCAAACUUCUCUUGACCCGGAGUGAAUAGGUGAAGCGUGGCGCAAAUACUUAUCAAAAAUGAAGAAUGA